AGCCAAGCUUUGGGAUAACCGCUCCUGAAUAAGUGGAUAUAGCAGUUUUGACUAGUUAACAUGACUAACGACGUAUCCAAAAAGAAGGGGAAGAGUUCAACUGAGAAAAAAGCCAAAAGAAAAGCCAAAAGAAGAGAGACUUACGCGAUGUACAUCUAUAAAGUUUUGAAACAGGUUCAUCCGGACACGGGGAUUUCGAGCAGAGCCAUGAGCAUCAUGAACUCCUUCGUCAAUGACCUGUUCGAGAGGAUUGCCACAGAAGCGUCCCGCCUGGCUCAGUACAACAAGCGCUCCACCAUCACCAGCAGAGAGGUGCAAACUGCGGUGAGGCUGCUGCUGCCCGGGGAGCUGGCUAAACACGCCGUGUCUGAGGGAACCAAGGCCGUCACCAAGUACACCAGCUCCAAGUGAAAACUUCCAGUGCGUUAUGUUGAGGAAUUUAAACUUGAGAGUUGGCAGAUUUGUAAGCUGGUCAUUAAAAUAUUUCACAAAGCCAUGAUCUUCUAUUUUCUUCCCCCCCCAAUAAAGUAAAGCCAUCGUGGCUGGUGUCGCCACUAGAUGGGGUAAUUGGAUCUAUCUCGUUCAGAUGCACCUUCAAAGGGGACUUGUGCAUUUCAUCCUUGCAUAAGUUGUAUACCGCAGUGUGAUGGCAAACUAGAAAUUA